UAAAAAUAAAUAAAUCAACAAACUGAGCCAUAUUUAAAAUCUAUAUAACACUUUCGCUGAUUAGAUUGUGUAGAAUCUAUAUCUUGAGUCUAGCUGUUUAUUUUAUUAUUUGUUGUGAACUCAAUAGAACACCACUCUAAUCUAGACCUUACACAUCUGUCUUCUGUAAUACUCAUGGCGUUGACUGCUUCUUGACCAUGUAGUGAGCUCUAAAAAUGAGAUUUCUUGCCCACAAUUCAACUGUGGACGCAUAUUUCUCACAUGAAACAUCCUAAGUAACAAUAUAGAGUGUAUUUUGUGCUUCACAAACAAUACAUAUCACUGUAGUGACUAAAUAAUGAUUUGACAGUUUUUAUGAUUUUUCAUUGAUUGUUUGGGUAUAAUGUGAAAUAAUGGGUGGCAAGAACUCAAAGCCCACACCCACAAGGAAUAGUGAUCAAUUAGAUGUUAUUAAUCCAGAAGCCAACCCAGAAAAGGGUAAAGAAGUUAAAGUUAUCCUUCCAAAUGGCACAUCCACUCUAAGUCGAGCUUAUGGAGUGCAAACUGCUGGUGAGUUCAAAGUUGAUUGUUUGAGACUGCAUGCUCCAAAUGCUAAACCAGAAAACAUAAAACUUGUCAUUGUUAAUACUGAGCUUGAGGAAAAAACACUUGAAGAUCAUGUUGAUAUGGAGGAUUACCUGUCUAUCAUAGAACAUAUCAUUCUGCGCUCAGUAGUGAAUCCACCUUUAGACAGUCCAGAUCUGAGAGCAGCCAUACAUUUUAAAAGAAAUACUCAACAUUAAUAUUUGUCAUAGUACCCCUAUAGUAUCUUGUGAUAGAAUUUGUGUCAUUCCUAAUAGGAAUGUUUUUUGUUUUGUUUCUUCAUUCUAUAGCUAGAAGUCAAAACAAUGAUUAUGUCAUCUAAUAAAAGUACAAUUAUUGUCAUUAAAAUAGCUUUUAAUUUAACUUUAUGGUAGAUAAUAUUAAUAUUGUUAAAGGUAAACAAAUACUAAAUAAGUAUUAAGUAAAUAGGUAAAUGUGUGUUUUUGUGUGUACUCUUAUUUUAAAGUUUUAAAUGGAUUAAGAUAUUAAGUGCCAUAAGUGCAAUAAUAUUUAUUUAAAUUAGCACUCUUGGCUACACUAAUAACUAACAAGUUCUGGAAACUGUGUAUGUAAUAUGCAAAUGGCUGGCUAACAAAACCAUUAAGGAUGCUAUGAGUUUAUUUUGGUGAUGUUUUAAUUCACCUCUUAAUUAAUUUCUUUAUGGAAUGUUCAAUUUACUGCUUUUUUUUUGUUAUUAUAUUUCAAAGAUAGAUUUUUAUAUAAAUAUCCUACAUUCUUAUCUCAUGAGCUCAUCUUAUUGUCUGUUAAUCAUCUGAUUCCUUGCCAUCUUUAGUUUGCGUUAUUUUUUGUGUACUUUUUAUGUAGAAAUGGGUCUAUAAUUUUCAAUAUUGGCUCUUACAAUUUAGCGUAUGCCAGUUAACAAUAACAGAAUGAAGUAUUUUUUAAAUUUAAUCAUACAAAUUUUUUAUAGAGCUUUAGCCAAUGUUUCCUCAAAACCAUACUUCUGCAUAUUGUUUAUUCAUUUCAAUAUUGUUUCUGAAUUUUUACUUUUAUUAUGUUUAUACAGCCGAUCCAUAUACACUGUUUCUGUAAUAGAGACACACUAAAACAACAAGCGUCUCAAUUAACACAUUGAUUUUAUUAGUCUUCUAUUUGACUCCUUUACUCCAGCCUCUGACCCACUUUUACACACAGUCCUGACUUACACACUUUCUUUGCUGUUCACUCAACCAUAUAGGCCUACAAUGAAGGUCAGCUGGUCAUUUCAUACACAGGCACACACACUGUACUACUAGCCACAAAACACAUACACUACUAUCACAGUAUCUUUUUAUUGUUCCAGAAUCAAUAACAUAGAGACAAUAAAUUAGGAAUUAUUACUUACUGAAAAAAAAAGUAUUUUAAAAACAAUACACUUUCAAAAAGAAUAAAAGUAGACCAGUUACUAUGUUAACAAAGAGUUAUAUUGAUUAUUGCUAUAAGCUAUUGCAUCUUUAUUCAAGUCAAUUCUUAAAAGUCGCACAGCUCAGAUUUUGUGUAGUACAGCAGAAAGUUGCAGCUAUUUGAAACUACAACCUUGUAGUUAUAAUUCCUAUCACAUGAUCAUUCUGCUGUCUUAUGUUUAAUAUUGACUGAAUUUGCUUAACUACACAAAAUAAAAAAUUUACCUAAUAUACUGGUUUUUUUUUCACAAAAUAUAUUGUAAUAAACCUGGUGGUGACACAGAUGGGGGUAGUGGAGUGUGUGUGGACAGCCGACAUAAAUCGCCCAGGCCAGCACUAGAUGAGCGAUCAACUGUUCUGUGUUGUGAAUAGUGAUCAGGAAUGUCCUGAGGGAUGUAGUCAUGUGAACAACCAGAAUGGUCGAGUGACAUUCCGUCCAGUUCUAGAAGGCCAUUAGGGACCCUAUAUAAAGAGCGGAGGUGUCACAGUCAAGUCGUCAGUACAGUGUGGGUUCACUACAGUCUGGUUGACUACAGCACAGUUCAGUGUGGUUCAGUGGUGUGGUUCUGUAUGGUGUAUUACAAAGGUUCUGUGCAGAG